GAGACAGAGACGCUAAAAAGAAACAGGGAGAGACGCUCUGUGGCGCACUUCCGGCGCGCUAAACUGAGAAAGAUGGCUGCGUCCCAGCAGCAGGCUGCAGCUGCUUCGUCUGCUGCGGGUGUGUCGGGUCCGGGUUCGUCUGGUGGCCCGGGUCCGCAACAGCAGCCGCAACCACCAGCACAACUGGUGGGGCCUGCCCAGAGCGGGCUUUUGCAGCAACAGCAACAGGACUUCGAUCCGGUGCAGCGUUAUAAGAUGCUCAUCCCGCAGCUGAAGGAGAGUCUACAGACCUUGAUGAAGGUUGCAGCCCAGAACUUGAUUCAGAACACUAACAUUGACAACGGACAAAAGAGCAGUGAUGGACCCAUACAGCGCUUUGACAAGUGUCUGGAGGAGUUCUACGCACUCUGUGACCAGCUGGAGCUGUGCCUGCGCCUGGCCCAUGAGUGCCUGUCCCAGAGUUGCGACAGCGCCAAGCACUCUCCAACUCUGGUGCCCACGGCCACCAAACCGGAUGCCGUGCAGCCGGACAGCCUGCCGUACCCACAGUACCUGGCAGUCAUCAAAGCCCAGAUUGCCUGUGCCAAGGACAUUCACACUGCUCUCCUGGACUGCGCGAACAAGGUCACGGGCAAGACGCCUGCACCACCUACAGGCCCUGGGGGCACCCUGUGAGCUGGCAAGGCUGGGAGUGGGCAGGCUGCGCGGGAAGGGGGCGAGGAGGGAAUGAAAAUGACCUCAAAGCAGCCUGGUCU